UCUCCGCCUAUUUAGAACCAUCCCUUAUUCCCAAGUCAUUCUCCAAGUUUUUCUCCAACUGAUCCCUCAACACACACCACACACACUCCCUACAAACAUACAUCAAAUUGAGGUGCAAUGCCAACCAUUUUGCUCAGGAUUUUCCUUGUCUACAACCUAAUACUCUCCUAUUUGGUGCCCAAGAAGUUGAGGGCAUACCUCCCAUCUUCUUGGUACCCAUACCAACAGCAACAACAACAACAACAACAGGUUAAGAAAGAGCCUACUGUGGCCUUGUCCUCGUCCAUCGUCCCAUCGUCCCGUAUUGUAAUUCAUCGUAGAAUGGAUCCCAAUGAGCUGAAAAGGGUGUUCCAGAUGUUCGACAGGAACGGGGACGGGAGGAUCACCAAACAGGAGCUCAGUGAUUCUCUGCACAACAUGGGGAUCUCCAUCCCGGACGAGGAGCUAACUCAGAUGAUCGAUAAGGUGGACAUUAACGGAGAUGGCUGCGUCGACAUAGAUGAGUUCGGGACGUUGUACCAAACCAUAAUGGACGAGCGUGACGAGGAGGAAGACAUGAAGGAGGCGUUCAACGUCUUCGAUCAGAACGGAGAUGGAUUCAUCAGCGUGGACGAGCUGAAAUCCGUGCUGGUGUCUCUGGGCCUGAAGCAAGGGAAGGCUGCGGAGGACUGCAGGCAGAUGAUCAUGAGGGUCGACGUCGACGGCGAUGGCAUGGUCAACUUCUCGGAGUUCAAGCAGAUGAUGAGAGGUGGAGGCUUCGCUGCUCUCACCAAUUAAUCCAACAUUCAUCCCUUCCAUUUUCAUUAAUUUCCAGCAGGUGGCCAUCAUCGUACGUCCUCAAAAACUCCGACACUGCUGCUUGACAUAAAACCUGCAACAGGCAUGCAAGAAAAUGAUUGGAAAACAAGAAUCUGGGAUGCAAGGAAUGAAGCAUUGAUUCAUGAUAAAGGCCAUGGAUGGCUACUCUUUUAUGAGUGGAUGAUGAAGGUGGGGGAGGGGUAAUAAUUAAGGCUUAGGGAACAAACCAUUCUUGAUUCAAAUAUUCAUGAUUUUUGCCCUUUUUUCACCUUCUUUUUUUUUUUUUUUUUCCCCUUCUUCUUUGUUUUCUGUAUAUGUAGUCAUGAUUUUAGCAUUAUUGGUGAUGUUAUUUUUAUUAACAUAAAAGAGUUUGGAUUGGUGUUGAGGUCAACUAUGAACUGAGUUAUUACUAGAAUAGCAGCCAACAAUCCAUUCAUGUUCUUCUCA